GGAGAAAAGCAAAUCGCUCUUAAACGUCUAUAUUAUUCCAAUAAAGCAAAUCCGGAUUUUUGGAAUGAGCUCAAACGUCACCGUUGCAAACAAAAUAAGUUUAUCCCUCGUUGUUAUGGAUUCAGUAGGGAUCCAGCUACAAAAGAUUAUGUUCUUGUGUUCGAAUUUGUGGAUGGAGAUUUGAGACAUUAUCUAAAGAAAAACUUUGUAGAUAUUACAUGGGAGAAAAAAUUGGGAAUCGUCUAUAAUAUUGCGCACGGGUUAAUGACAAUUCAUAACGCUGGUUUGGUUCAUAGGAACUUUCACAGCGGUAAUAUACUAAGACAUUUUAACGGGUCACAAAGUUUGACUUAUAUUUCGGAUUUGGGACAAUUUCGACCUUCAAACAAUCAAGAUGAAGAUGGCAUCUAUGGCGUUUUAGCUUAUAUAGCUCCUGAAGUUUUGUAUGGUGAACCCUAUACUGAAGCAUCUGAUGUAUAUAGUUUUAGUAUGAUUAUGUGGGAAAUCGCGUCAGGUCAGAGACCUUUUUAUGAACGUCCGCAUGGCGCGCGGCUCGCGUGGGAUAUAUGUAAUGGACUUCGACCACAAAUAAUAGUGGAAACUCCUCAAUGUUAUAUCGAACUUAUGGAAAGAUGUUGGAAUGCAGAUCCUAAACAACGUCCAGAUAUUAGAGAAUUGGAAAAGACAUUGAUGUCAUGGGGUUGGCAUAUGGGCGUUUCUCAGAAGCAUAGUGUUUCUGAUCAAAUUAUUUCCGCUGAAAAAGAAAGGAUACGAUUAUUAGAACAUCUUGGUUCCCAAUUGGAACCUUUCAAGAAACCACAUCCGGAAUCUUUUUAUAAAAGCCGUCUUUUAAAUUUUCCUGAUUUACCAACACUUCGCAAUAUUUACGAUAGACUCAGUCAAACUAACUCUUUAUCUAUUUCCGGAAUGUCCGGUGAAGAUG